AUGGUAGCACUGUUAUUACCCAAAAAGGCCUCUAUUGAUGUCCAGGAUGAUGAAGGUUGCACACCCUUGAUGAAGGUAGCUAUUGGACAGCAGUUUGGGUAUGAAUUAGUGUCGCGCCCGCCUCGACCAGCCACACAGAGCGACAAUGAAGAAUGUGUAACUCUAUUACUGAUUCAGGGUGCUAAUCCCCACCUGAGGGAUUUAAAUGGGAAUACAGCCCUACACCAUGCCGUUUUCAGGGACAACACAACAAUUGCCAGAAAACUGCUUGACUACAAUGCAGAUAUGGAAGCAAAAACGAAGUUUGGGCUGACACCCUAUGAACUGGCUUUAUUUGAAGGAAAACACCAGAUGGCACAGUUUUUAAUGCAGUAUGGCACAAAUGCCCAUUCGGAGGCUGAGUCAAAUAGGCUGUCUGAAAAACCUAAUGGUCCUACAUGUAUACCAGAGGAGAGAGAUACUUCCUGUAUUACUAAGAAAAGUGAGAAACAAUUUUCAUACAGUAGUAACAUCUGUACCUUGAAAAAGAUGAAGACUGAAAUAAACCUAUCUUCUCUGGGAAAGAAGGUGUUAGGUGACCUGUGUGAAAGAGUCCUAGGAUUCCCCAACUCACACGUUGAGAAACACUGCCUUCAUGGAAAUGUGACAGUAAAUGAGACAAUGGAGACAAAUAUCUAAA